UGGGGUUUUCAUUGAAUGAAUCAUCCUUUUGAUUUGAUUCACACUCAAAACAAAAAUCUUUUUCUAUGAGAAAAUCUUUAAUUCUUACAAUCAUUUGUAGAAAUUAAGAAAAAUCAAAAUGUUUUCCACAAAUCCUAAUUAUACCAAACUCAAGACUCAUCUGAGGUUAUCCAUAAACCGUCUCAAGUUGUUAGAGAAGAAGAAAACAGAAUUGGCUCAAAAAGCAAGGAAGGAAAUUGCCGAAUAUAUUGCUGCUGGUAAAAGUGAACGGGCAAAGAUUCGCGUGGAACACAUAAUUAGAGAGGACUACAUGGUGGAGGCAAUGGAAAUAGUUGAGAUGUACUGCGACCUGGUGCUGGCGAGGUUUGGCAUGGUCACGCAGAUGAAGGAGCUGGACGAGGGCCUCGCAGAAGCCAUUUCCAGUCUCAUUUGGGUUGCGCCGAGAAUGCAUACUGAUGUGCAGGAACUCAAAGUGAUAUCAGACCUUUUUACUGCAAAGUACGGGAAGAUUUAUGCGGACGCAUGCAGGAAUGAAAAUGUCAAUACAAUAAGUGAAAAACUGAAACACAAGAUGUCUGUACAAAGUCCACCAAAGAUACUUAUUGAGAAGUAUCUUAUUGAGAUAGCAAACAACUACAAUGUGGAAUAUGUGCCUGAUGAACAGGUGAUGAGGGAGGAAGAAGGUCGUGACGCCAUGCUGAUUGACAUCGGCGCUCCACAACCACCCGGUUUCAUCGGCUUCCCGCACCCGCCGCCGCUGCCAAACCUGCCUAACUUCCCGCCGCCGGGCACGCCAUUCAGCUAUCCUACUAAACCGUCUCACGGGUCCGCGGGCGGGUUCAUCGCGAGCCCGCCGCCGGGCACGGGCCCCAGCGGCGCGCCCGCGCCCUACGGCGUCCCCCCGGGCGUAGACUCCAAGAACUUGAGCAAUAGCUUCUUACAGGAUGAAAUGAAUAACCUGCCACCUGCAUAUGACAGCAUAAAUCAUGAUUUGCCGCGGGACCCCCCGCCGCCGCAGCCGCAGCCCCGCGCGCGGCCGGCGGCGCCCCCGCGCGGCCCGGACCCGUUCCCGGAGCUGCCCGAGCUGCCGUCCGUGCCGUCCGACCUGCUGCUGCCUUCCGUGCCUCACAGCAACGACGACAACACGUCCAGUGCCCCGGACGAGAUCGACUUCGAAGAUCUGAACCGCCGGUUUGAGGAGUUGAAGAAGAAGACGUAAUUAAAAUUGUUCGAUAUUUGAUUAUCGUGACGUUUGAAUGGUAUUAGGAUUUUAAAAAAAGUUAUUAAAUAUAUCUGAUAAUAUUGUAAGUUAAUUUCUAUACCGAUAUAAUUAUGUUUAAAAUAAAAUAUAGAAUAAUGUUAAUUAAGUGAUUACUGUUCGAUCGAUACAGAAAUUAUUUGUUUAUAAAUAUUUAGCGAUGAGUCAGCAUCUUUACAGAAUAAGGUUUUACUUUUCCUUGUAUAUCUCCUUGCAAAUGAUAUAGGUAGUAUUAAUUUCGUAGAAAACCUAUAUACGAAUUUAAAAUAUUAAAUUUAUGCAAUGUGUAACUGGCUUUUCGCACGAGAAGUGCAAAAUCGAGCAACACGUCUUCUAAGUAUAAAAAUAUUUUAUACUUAGAAGACGUGUUGCACUUAAUCUUGGAAAAUGCUUAAAUUGAACUUUUUUGACAUAUUAUGUCAUUCGGGCCACUGGUAAUAAUUCUCAAAAAUACUGUAUUGUAAGCAGCUGUAAAAAAUCCUCUAAUGCACUAAUCUGUUUUAUAUCAUAAUGUUUUUAUAUUCCAAAUGUUAAAUUUAGUUAUAGUAUAAUAUAGACGAGUUUUUUUUUACCAUGAGCAGGAAUGAAGUGGGUGGAAGAUGUAGGUUUAAAAUAUUUGUCACAAAAUUUUGGCCAUGGCACUAACAAUUACUUUUUUAAAACAAAAGUUUCAGAUUGUUUAAAUUAGACAAAUGCGUCUUAUUCUAACAUCAUUAUCCUGUAAUUUUGCUAUUUAAGAAAAUUAUAAGUUCAAAAAUAAUAAAAAAAAACCACUGGAUUGUUAGCGCCAUUGACAAUAACGACGAAUGCUUCUGAGAAAAA